AUGAACCCAGAUAUAGACCGGAGCGGCUGCACCAAGUUGAGGACCGAGACAACGACAGACACCCCUCUAUUACGUCACAAUGGUAUUGUCUACACGCACCCAGAAUGUAUGAGAGACGUACCGCUGGAAAAGAUUGACCGUUACCACCCUUACUGGGAGAAGUUUUGGCCGGAUCUCCAAGCUUUGGUGAAGCAAAGCCAACAAUUCUGGAUGGAUAGAUAUAACGCUGACCGCGAAGUGGAUGACAAGAGCAAGAGGUAUUACUAUAAUCGCCAGGUCAAUCGCGGAACCACGAUUUUGGCAUUUCUUGCGGAUGGCAAAAUCAGUCCUUUUCAGCUAUUAAGCAAGCGAUGUAUGACCAUUCUUUGUCAUACCAUUGAGGAGUUGGCCAAGUUCAAGCUCGACGUCGAGCCCAUCGAUUGGUUGCGACAGCGCCUCCACGCGCUCAGAGAAGAGCAGGUUCCAAAAUUUAAUCUUUCCAGGAUUAUUGAAGACUUUUAUCACGAUCCUGAGCUCGCUAUACUACGAAGCAAAUCCGGAUUCAAAACGCAAAGCGUCACUUUCAACUGCUACGUCUGA